AAAACACCCAUAAAUACACAUAUAUACGAGAAUGGUUCGGUCCCAGAUGGCGGCCUCCAUGGAUUUUUAAAAUUAAGACUUUGAAUCCGCCUCGAUCGUCAGCUGGGAUGGUCCUCGGGGGGCUUGUGCUGCAGGUGCACCAGCUGUGGCAACCCUUCACACACAGGCUGGAGGACACAGAACCACUGGUCAUUCUUAAGGCCUUUGGGACCCUGUGCAUGAUGGGAAGAGUGUGUGGUGACUUCAUCAGGAAGCGUGUCGUCAAGGAGGUGUGGCCCAAGGUCACGACCUUUCUCACAAACCAGGCCAAGAUCAGCAUAAAGGCAGGCCCAGCCUACACCCACACAGUUGCACACAGGCUUCAGUCAGCCAUCUUAGCAGGGCUGGGACCUCUCUGUCUGCAGUUGGGGGUAGGGGAGACCGAGGUGGACAUGAUCGCGUGUGCCUGUGUUCCUUACCUCAGCGCCAGGCAGCCUACAAAACUACAACAGGUAUUAAGCGUUGUGUGUUCCGAAAAUAGGUCAUACUGUACGUAGUGUGCGGGUUCAUCAUGUUGGUAAGGCACUGACUGUAGACCUGUAUACUUGCCAUACUCGUGAGAGUGGCCGUCCAUCAAGGCACUGAAUAGCAAGAUUCUUUAUUGGCAUUUCUAGCUGUUUUUCAACACUACAAAUUGCUCACCUCGAAUAUUCAGGAGGGGUGGUUUGAUUACUCUGAGCAAUAGGAACAGGUGACUUGAGUAAAGAAUGGUAGAUGCCUGGCAAGAGGUAUUGGCCCCCGUCUCUGUUAAGUGUUAGCUGGUGUGCUCUUAAUUAUGCAGAUGGCCUCCUUUACCCCCCUCAAGGCAUCUAAGAUUCUUGAGUCACGUGUCCCUAGGUCACGUGCUCAGAGUAAUAGAAUCACCACUCCUGAUGAAGGUCGACGGAUGUGUGACCGAAAAUUCAAGGUUAGCAAUUUGUUGUGUUGAAAGACAGCUUGAAACUUCAAUAUGGACUAUACUAACACAGAUGAGCUUUCAUCCUGGAAUGAAGAAGCUCUGAGGUACAUGUACAAGGAAGAAUUUUUUUUUUUUCAUUUUGCCUGUGAUGUAGUAGAGGAGUUAACACUGUCCUUUGAAUUACUCAUAGAAAAAUAAGUUUUCAUAUUUGUCUGUACAAGGUACCUGUGAUCAAGUAGUGGAGUUAGCUGGACCACAAUGUAGAAAAUUUUUUGCUUCAUUAUGGGCGUAUGACGAGAUGACGUCAUACGAGGGAAUUGUGGGCAAACCACGUGAUGAACACCGCGAGAUCUUGCGAGAACCAGAGUGAAAACUCCAGAUCUCGAACGAACUGAGAAAGAGAAGGACGUCCUCCGAGCCCUUCCGCUUACCACCGUCUUUUACGCGCCAUUUCGAACAACCGCCGAACAACUUACCUUCUCGACUUCUCCUAAAUUAUCUCCCUACACCUUUACCCUUUUGACUCCCCCCAAAUCUCUUUUUUGCUUCAUUUGUCUCACUCUGUACCAAUAACAAGUAACCUUACUCACGGAUGUGUAUGACUGGGUUGUAAUUGUCUGUACAGUGUGCCUGUGUUGUAGUAUACGAGGGGCAUUCAAUAAGUAAUCCACCUGACCCA